GUUUACUUUUGAAAAUUUUCUUCCCAAACAAAACCGAAAACAACCCAUUAGCUCUCGGACCAAUUUUCAGGUUAAUUAGCGUUUUAAAAACGCUACAAAGCAACAAUAAUCAGUGCGUAAUUAUUCGUCUGCUUCGUGACGCAUGGCUGCACACAGUGGAAAUCUUCUGUCGUGUGCGAUCGAUGGACAGAUAGCAACAGAACGCGGGCAGUGAAUAAACGAACAAACGCACAUGCAACAUGACAAAUAUUCUACGCUUUUUUAUAACCGCUUUGCCAUUCUCGCCAGCGAGUGAAACAUUCCAGUGAUCUGCGUUUAAAAGGGUGAUCUGGCAACCGUAUACCAGCUGAUUUUAUACCGCGCAAAACCAUCGCUGCAUCGAUUGUAAUUUAAAGAUCCGGCUUGUAAAUUCCUCACGUUGCUAGCAUGGAUUACUAUUACGAUGACUACUACGACGAGUAUUACGAGCAUCCGGACCAAAUGGCCGCACGGCUUAUGCAACGGGAAUUCAGCUUCGAAGAAACGAUUACCAACUGCGUGCAUCCGUCGAUCCGGUUUGCAGCACAGUACAUGACAAAUUUUGUCGCCAUCAACCUACUGUUCAGCAUUCUGGUUGUAUGCGUUAGAAAGCUGUUUCCCAUCGCACACCGGUCGCUACAUUUGCUGAGCUGCAUUUUCGGUGCCACUCUGCUGUAUCGUGUAAUUGAUCACCGGUUCUACCACUUCCUACAGCUGGCCACAUCGCUGUACGUUGUGCAAUGGACGCUGCAUCGAUGGUUGUCCGGGAGUGGCCGCUACAUCAAAACCCCGUUCAUCGUUAUUGCUUAUGGGAUUGGGAAUCUGCUACUGAGCGAACUGCUAGAACCAUCCCCGGAGACGUGGAAUCGCAUCCGCGGAACACAGAUGAUCCUGCUGAUGAAGGCACUGUCGCUAGCGUUCGAUACGGAGGAGAAUCAGAACCUGAGAAGUCAGCUGAACGUGCUGUCAUACACAGGAUAUAUACUGUGCCCAGCAAAUGUCGUCCUUGGACCGUGGAUCUCGUUCAACGAUUACCUAAACAUCUGGAAACCAUCGUUCGGGACCGAAACGAAGCAUAACCGAUCCUUCGGUCGACGACUGCUGAUACACGUGUUCCGGAUACUAGUCAGUGCCCUUAUGGCAGUUGGAUUUUUGCUUACUUCGAACUGCAUGAUCGAUUACCUGCUAUCUCCGAUCGCAAGCUGGAAGUGGGUUCGAUCCUAUGGUCGGGCGCUUUCCUUCCGAACCAGUCACUACUUCAUCGCGUACCUAUCCCAGUGUUCCAUGAUUGCAGCUGCCGUCGAUUGGAACCGGGCGGAAGACGAGCGAUCGAUAAUGCUACCCGUGACUUCACUGUACCGCGUAAGCUCUCCGAUGGCCGUGGAGUUCCCGCGCUCACUGGUGCAAGUAGUGACGGCAUGGAACAUUCCGAUGCACCUGUGGUUGAAGCGUUACAUCUUUCGCACGACAAAGCGACCCUUUGGAACGGCGGCCGCCAUCGCUCUCACGUACAUCAUUUCUUCGCUGCUGCAUGGACUGCAUUACCGGCUGUGGCUAACGCUACUGACGAUCGGUUCGUGGACGUUCGUGGAGCACGAAAUUCGAAAGAAGCUUGCCACGAUCUAUUCAGCGUGCGUGCUCGUUGGAAAGUGCCCCAGCGCGUGCCCCGUACAUCAGCACCGGAGCAAGAGUGUGUUCUGCGUCGUCAUUAACGCGCUGUUUUUCGCGCUGAAUAUGUUUAAUCUAAUCUACCUUGGAUGCAUUUUUGAAACAACGGAAGGACCGCCGGAGGAAGCGGAUCAUGAUAAAACCAUGUUUGGCCGUUGGACGGAACUUAACUAUGCGUCCCAUUGGCUGCUAGUGUUUGCCUAUCUGUUCUAUUUCGUUAUCUGAUAGGAAGUGUUAGCGAUCGAACCUUUUUUCCAACGCGUUUUUUUUUUCAAAACCAUCACAAAAGUUCUUCCUACCAGUAUUCCAGAGGAACGUUACUGUUUUACAAGCGUCUCUAGCUAUAUCGUAAUCUUUAAACAAAAUCAGUCAAUUUAGGCCAGUAUCAGGUAGCACAACAACUACUAAUAAUGUGAUAUGUUUGGAAAGUGAUGAAGCAAGUACAUCGAAUUGUCAUUUUAAAAGCGGCUAUAGUAGAUACACUUAGUCGGUAGGGCUUCUAACAAAUUAUCGCUCAGUAUUUGCAACAGCGCUCUCUCUUUCUCUCGCUCUUUAUAAAAAUAAAUGCAAAAAAGAAACAAAAAGGAAUAUCACAGGAAGAAUAUAAUAUCACAUCGGUGUAAUACUAUAAUACGCUUUACAAUGAGGCACGAGGAGAUCUACAGAGGUCCAAGUGUUAUUUCGACAUCAAAUGCAGAAUCCAGGGACUAGACAAACUGGCUGGUAGUAUAGUACCAGGCUCAAGCAGUUGACCUCGACAUCGUUGCUAGAAGGACCUUUGGCUGGAGCUACUGCGCCACGGGCAAAGUCAAAGUCUUGAUAUGCCAAUAUAUGGAUAGAGAUCGCACGAUCAUAAUUAAUCAUGCAGACAAAUUCAGACAUCUCCAUGGGUGAGGAUUGAUAUCCUGCCCUGAAGCAGACCUCCUCCUUGGCAGCAAGGACAAAUAAAAUCGUCACGAGCGUGCUAUACCUCUGCAAGAAAAAAAAGUCAAAUCGCGAAUCGUAAAUCUGCAACAGAGAAACCGCAGAACAUCAAAAUUCUACCCAAAUAUUCACGCGCGCCCGAUGGCAUGUUCCUCACAGGUCAUUUACGAUCGCUUAAGAUCAGAACACACAGCAGCAAAAAGAGGCAACUUUUACAGUACUACACAGCGUCGCCAAGAAGAAAGAACCCAGGCCUGUAUGUCCGCGUGUCGGCAGGGUUGUUGUAAGCAGAACAGUGUCCGAAAAUUAUUUUUGACCAACCGAAUGUGAACCCAUGCGUUGCUCCCGUAGGGAAAUCCUCGCUUUCAAGUUGUUACGGUAGGAGGUAUUUUUGUUUCCUCUGCCUUGGCCACAGACAAUUCGCUGAAAGAGAUCAUCGCAAUGUUCGGAGUGAUGAUACUGAGGUUUAUAAAACGGGCUAGCGGAGCCGCCUCCUUUUUUCUUCGAUACAAUAAAACCAAAAAUAUGUCAUUUUUA